GUGUACUUUGAGUAUAUUCCGUUAACUAACUUUGAAUUCUUACCCUUUUGUUGCAGGUGACGUAACAAAUGGAGAUAAUAUUCACAAAAUUUCACCAUGGGGGAUCUUUUUUCAACAAGGGUAUCCCUACAUAUGCUGCAAGUUGUGUACCAGAGCUAAGGUAUAUUGACAAGGACCACUUUUGCAUGCUGGAAUUGUUAUUUUAUACUAAAGAAUUAGGGUAUGACACUAUUAGGGGGUUUUAUUAUCAAGAUGCAGUAACUAAGCAGUUCAACUUGGUGAAGAGUGACAGACAUCUCGUUGAACUAGUUAAAGACUUAAAACAUGAGGACUCUAUUGAUUUUUAUGUCUAUCAUGUUUCAGAUGAACCAAUUCUUGACCCUGAUGGUCCCACUGAUUUUUUUACCUGCACCUGAUAUUAUUGAGUGUGCAGACCUAAAAAGAGAAAGUGUUGGUGUUGAUGAUAGUGCUAACAUAGAGAGGAAAUCUACUGGAGUAGAGGAAGUGAGGGAGGCUGAUAUAGAAGAUUUUAACCUAGAAGAUAUUGAGAUAGAGAAUGUUAACUUAGGUAAAGAGAGGGAGACUUAUGUAGAAGAUGUUGGUGUAGAAAAAGGUGAUGAGGCUAAUAUAGAAGAUAUCCAUGUAGAAGAUGUUAACCUAGAAGAUUUUGGUGUAGAAGGAGGUGAUGAGGCUGAUGUACAAGAUAUUCAUGUAGAAGAUGUUAAUAGGCUAGCAAAUAAGUUGUCAGAUUACUUGAGUAGUGAUUCAGAUCUUGGAGAUAUUCCUUCAGAAGAUGGCUCAGAUGUUGAUGAGGAGUUGAGGGCAUUUAGACAAGAAAGAAUAAAAAACAAAGCCAACAAUAAACAAAGAAAUCAAAAAGCAAGAAAAAAGGUUGUUGAAACUGAACAAGUACCUGUGAGAGUUGCUGGUUGUGUAGAUAGAGACUUUGGGGAUAUUGGUAAAAAUAAGGCUAGCAAAUAUUCUGAAAAGUUGGGUGGAGAUGAGGAAUAUCUUGAUAGUUUUGAUUGUUGGAGUGAAGAUGGUAAAGAUAUAGAUGUGGAUGCUGUUAGAAGAGUAGAUCUACCUAGAUGAAGAAGAAGUAAGAAAACUAGGUAUGAUGAAAAUUGUGAGUAUUUUAUGUUUGAGCUUGGGAUGAUUUUUGAGGGUGUAAAACAGUUUAGAAAAGCCGAUGCAGAUUAUGCUGUAGAGUAUAGAAGGCAGUUAUAGUUAAAACCUAACGAAAAAAUAGAAUAAGGGCGAUGUACAUUGCAGCCAAUUGCAACUAGUUGCUGUUUGCUUUUACUGAUUGGGAUUCGGGUGAUUUUAUUGUGAAGAACUAUAACCUUAUUCACAAGUGUAUACCUCUAAACAAGAACAAGAUGUGUGAUUCAAAGCUGAUUGCUAGAAACCUUUCUUAAGUCUUAUAGUCAUUUCAGGCAACCAAUUACCAACAUGAGAAUGUGGCCGGAAACCCCAAACCCAUCAAUUGAACCUCCAAAACCAAGAAAGAUGCCAGGAAGACCUGGCAAGAACAGAAGAAAGAGUAAGGAUGAGCCAAAAAAGUGGGGCAAACUCUCAAAAAAAAAGGUGUCAAGAUCACCUGUUCAAGGUGUAAGCAAGUUGGCCAUAACAAGACUAUGUGUGCCAAAAUGAAUGGUAUGGGAAACAGUAAUAGUAGUCAACCUAGCACUCAGCCUUCAGCUUCAUGGAAUCCACCACCACCACAAUCAAGUUCUAUUUGUAGUGACACCAAUGCAAUGGCAAGAGAUACCUCCACUCAAAGUCAGAUAGCAAGAUCAAGCUACGCCUUUCAUUCAUAUGCAACUACACAAUCCAAUCAAUCAGGAUCUAUUUGUGCUGACACAGCUGUUGUGCCAAGACCACCUCAAAGAAAGGUGUCAAGUGCUGCUGGUAGAGGUUAAUGUGCUGCUGGUAGAGGUAAAUAGGGUUCUGGUAGGGGUCAAUGUGGUGCUGAUAGAGGAGGUGGUUCUGGUAGGGGUUAAUGUGGUGUUAACGGGGGAGGUGAUUCUGGUAGGGGUCAAUGUAGUGUUGAUAGGGGAGGUGGUUCUAGUCGGGUUCAAUGUGGUGUUGAUAGGGGAGGUGGUUCUGGUCGGGGUCAAUGUGGUGCUGAUAGGGGAGGUGGUUCUGGUAGGGUUCAAUAUGGUGUUGAGAGGCGGGUGGUUCUGAUAGAGGUCAAGGAGGGAUUGGUAAAGGAUUGGCAAGAAAAAUAGCCAAUGCAAAAGGCACCCCAUUUGAAAGUGGAAGAAAUACUUUUUCUAGUCAAGUACCACCUUUGCCAACCAACAAGAGGCCAUACAAUGCUACCUCAUUUGCUGCUGCUACUGCAUACAAAAGGCCUGCAACUGGUUUUGGUGUUUACUCUGAUCCAAUAACUGAAACCCAAGUGUACAAUGUAUUUCUCUAUGUCUCAUUAUUUAUCUAUA